GCCUUUGCUCCGCAUCAUCCAGCCUUUCCUGUUGUUUUGCUUGGAACCGGCUCAGUGGGUACUAAUGAGACGUUAACUCAAUAUUACUAUAAAGCGAGCAAAAUAUGGAUUUCUUCUAAUAAUCUGUAAACCCAUUAAAUCACUCAUAAGACUAAUUGAACACGACUAGCGUACGCUGAGUUGAAAUGCUAGGCAUCCGCUGUACUGAACUUUCAGCUUGGCAACAGAUCACUUCUGAUAUUGCUCAUACCGAAUCCCUACAUCAUUACCUGUGGUACCAGCAUGUUGGGAAGGCUCUGGGCAUCAUCUUAUUCAAUGCUGGUUACUCAUAUGAUGCCCAAUAUCGAAACUUGGCUUUUUUUAUGCGACUUGUAGCCCAUAACCUUGGGAGUUUCCCUACAAGCGGCUAUAUUACGCAGCCUUGGAAGAGUUUCAUGACGGAUGACGGCUCACCUGUCGAGUUCAGCUGGGAUUGGGGCACAGGUAAUGAUAGGCCGACAAUACGAUACUCUAUCGAACCAAUAGGGCUCACAGCAGGAACUUCACUUGACCCCCUAAACUUACUCGUGGGAGUGGACUUUGAGAGGCAAUUGAUCAAAGCUUUACCAGACCUAGGCGUGGAAUGGUUACAUCAUUUUCAGGAUUUCUUCAAGAAUCAUGGAGACAACGUGUGGGAAUCAAUUGACUCACACGAUCACAAUAGCUCCAUAUUCUAUGCUUUUGAUCUAAUAGAACCCAAUACCACAGCCAAAGCGUACUUUUUCCCCAAAUCUCGAGCGAUAGCACGAAAGGAAUCUAAACUACAGGUCCUCACACAAGCAAUCCAAUUGGCACCCCACAGCAACGAAAGCAAACUGAACGCGUUGGUCAUGUUCUCCGAUUUCUCAAGUGAUACAGCAAGCGCUCAUCUUGAAUACGAGAUGCUAGCUAUUGACCUGGUCGAUCCACAGGAGUCACGUAUCAAGAUCUACUUCCGCUGCCGGCAGACAACUUUCAAUUCUGUGGCGAACAUUAUGAUGCUUGGUGGUCGGGCUCACAGCCCAAACUUGCAGACUGGACUCGAUGAUCUCCGCAGUUUAUGGAAUGCCCUUUUCGCAAAUCAUGGAGAUCAGCCAUUAACCCAAGUUCACCACCGUACAGCUGGAAUGCUCUACAACGUUGGAUUCAAGCUUGGGGACCAGUGCCCAGUCGUCAAGGUCUACAUUCCUGUUCGACACUAUUCGAGUAGUGACGAAAAGGUCAUUUGGGGCCUUAAAAGAUACUUCAGAUCUCAUGAGAAAGGCAAGUAUAUGAAAGCUUAUAGCAAUGCUAUGACCACGUUAUUUGGUUCCGAGGUAUUGUCAGCAGGGUCGGGGAUUCAAACUUACAUCGGUUGCUCAAUCCGUCCGAAUGGAUCGCUUAGAAUUGUCUCGUACUUUAAGCCACCUCUGCCAACCUGUGUCUAGUUAUGGUUACGUAGGUGAAGUUCCAGAAUGAAAAGUUGUUGCAGUCUGUAUAUGGGUCUACGUUACCCUCACGCUUGGAAAUGUCCACAUAGGCUUUGAUGACUAUAGUGAAUUGUUGCUGAAUACAACGUAUCUCGAAACAUUUAUUCAUAUCGUUUUGAUAUUUACUUUGCCUAGUCACUCUAAGUAAAUAUAUUAGAGUUGCUGUUUUUAUCU